AUGGCUUCUGCUCCGUCCAACGAGGCAGCAUGUCAAGCGCUUCUAGACUUCGUGACCGAUGGGCGGUUCCCAGACUCGGAACGCCUGGUUUCUGCCGACUUCCCCUUGGAAAUUAUCCCAACAGAGCUGCAGGAGAUAGCAAAGGCCAAGAAAGCAGUCGAGAAUGAAAUAUCCACCCUCAGCCGUGAAACUGCCACCAGCAUAGACGAUUGGAUUACCCAAGCAAAGCAGUUGCAUCUAGAUAUAGAACACUCCAGGCUGGCGGCGAGAGAAAUCGUCGCUUUACACGAAAAAGGGCGAGAGCUUCGUGAUCGAGUGGCCGAUGCACAAUCAGCAGUUGACGGGCUACAUGGUGAAAUUGCGUUUAAUGGAGCUCUGCUACAGACACUGGAGGCCGCACGCGUGAUUGACGAGAAAGCAGGCGAGGCCCGGUUAGCACUCGACAGCGGUCACUGGAUCAGGGCCAUUGAACUCGUCCAGGAAGUCCAAGGAUCCCUCUCCGGGACCAAGUUACCUGAAAAUACCAAUGUUGUCAAGUUGCUAUCCACUAAAGCGACAGAACUACGCACUGGUAUUGCCAACGCCCUUCGAGCAGAGUGGGACUCCUUGAUAAGGAUAGAUGCGACUUCAAGUGAACCAACAGUCACAAGUAACGAUUCCGGUCGUUUCGCAGAUAUGCUUGCUGGGCUCUCCAGGUUACAGAUAUCAGACAGCGUCUUUCAGUCUUUCGAACAGGAUUUAAUUAAUCAUAUCAUCAAACCUGUCAUCUCCCCCCCAGCAGUAUCGCAAGGGCGAAUAUUCUCCAUUGAUAAGGAUUGCUUGAGACUAAAACAACUAUCAUCGAAACCGCCGAUUACGGAUCUUUUGAAUAGUGUAUUAUCUGCAUUCUCUUACUUCAAGGAGUACUUUCCCGACGUCGUCGUUGACCGGCUACUUGUUACUCUCGCAGGCACAAUCGCUUCACCGCUAAUAGCAAAGUGGUUAACACCCUCAGUCCCUAGCGACCUUUCCUUACUAGACGGGUUCCAGGAGACAAUCGGUCAACUUCGUCAGUUCAUUUCAGGGCUCGAGAGCCAAGGCUGGUGCGGUUUGGAAGAGCUGAACGUUUGGAUUGAGCAAGUCCCCCGCCUCUGGCUUACCCAGCGGCGCUGCAAAGCGCUGAACGACGUGCGACUAGCUAUCUCCCGCAGCAGUGGCCACAUACGAAAGGUAGAAAGGAUAGAGAAGGAAUGUAUAUCAGAGGGCAGUGCCAUACCUGGAGAACACAUUAUUGAGGAUGAUUGGAACGCUGAAUGGAGUGAUAACGAAGAAGAAAGUACCCCGGAAAAACCAUCAAACAAAGACAUACCGCAACUUGAAAGUGGCAAAACAGACGCUGGAGAUGAAGACGUAGAAGAAACCGACGAGUCGUGGGAUUGGGGUGACGAGAAUGAUAAUCCUCCAGCGGUUGGUCAACUCCAGGAAAUAGCCAAGUCACGUCCGCAAACAAGUGGGCACGGCAGCGCCCGAGAGGAAUCCCGAAGAGAAGUGAUUCUGAAAGACUCAUAUGCCAUUACAGAUUUGCCGGACUGUAUUUUGGCAAUAAUCUCUGCUCAGAUCUCGGACGCGGAGAACUUGGCAAAGUUUGGGUUUGCACCCUAUCAGCUUGUUAUCAUUAUUGAGAACCAUGCUAACGCGUUCCAAAGGGCACAUCUCAAUCUCGCGUCCUCGCGACCAGCUCUGCUUGCGCUGCCAACACUCGUUGUUGCCAUGUUCAAGGCAACAGCCCCAUUAUUCUACUCGCACAAGUUUACUGUCGGUCAAAUACGUCUUUACAACGACUGUAUGUAUUUUGCCGAGCAGCUACGUUCGCUCUCUGAAACGAGGAGUCUCCCGAAGCUAAGCUCGGAUGCGGAAUCGAUCGAGAAGUUUGGCAAAGCAGCAUAUGGGAAAGAGCUUCAGUCACAACGUACAGUUUUAACCGAUUUGCUGGAUGGCUGUCAGGGGUUUUCGAAUUGCUCGCAGGAGCCGUUUCUCGGAGAAUGCAAGAAUGCAAUGGCGGCCGCGGUGGACAGAGUAACCGACGUCUAUAAAGAAUGGCAUCCGAUAUUGUCUCGCUCUGCGCUUCUACAGUCGAUCGGGGCCCUCAUGUCAGCUGCUAUUAACAAGCUGAUACUAGACAUCGAGGAUUUGAGCGACAUCUCCGAUGCUGAGUCGCGAUGCUUAGCCGAAUUCUGUAGCUCUCUAUCGAAAUUGGAAGAACUAUUCCUUCCCGAACCUAGCACAGACGCCAAUGCCGCCAACCAGCCAGAGGCGAUGCCAAUGACGGCGAUGUAUGUUCCGAAUUGGUUGAAAUUCCAAUAUUUGAUAAAUAUCCUAGAAGGCUCUCUGGCUGAUAUCAAGUAUCUGUGGACUGAAGGGGAAUUGAAACUGGAGUUUGAUGCGGAGGAACUGGUUGACUUGAUCAAAGCGCUGUUUGCAGACUCGGAUCAUAGGAAGCGGGCGAUUGCAGAGAUACGGCGGGCUUCAAAUGUACCCUAG